AUGGAAUGCAGAGUAACAUUAGAGGAGAGUGAUCUUGGACAAUUAAUCCAGGAGAGACAUGCUUAACUGUACCCUGUAAUCCCAGUAAGAGUCCAGGGAUCAAGGGUACAGCUUGUUGGCCUAUUGCGAUCAUUCCUGCAUACAUGUUGAUUAACCCAGGAAUCCUACACGACGGAGGGAAUUCACUGACUCAGACCUUGAGUGGUGAGAAAAAAAAGACGGCGAGACAUGGAAAGAGUUGGUGAGUGAGUGACACGGGAGGCAGGAAGGGUUAAGGUGAAUGAGAGUUUGGAAACAGGGGGGCAUUAACUGUGGCUGCGGGGAAGUGGAAGACAGAAAGGGAGGGCCACACUGCAGGCGAGAGAGAGGUUUGAAAUACCUUGCGACCCAUUUCGGCCCACUUGCCAGCAAUGAACCAGGCGAGCUGCAGACAGACUUGGCCACAGAGUAGGAAAAGAGAGGGAGUGUUUGUGUAAGUGUGUGUCCCCAGGGAGAGGCGGUCAUUGUCUACUUUGCCGGUGCACAGAUCAGUUGCAGGUCCAGUUGACUCAUCCAGCGCAGGACGAACAACUACAGUACAGCACACCUCCUGCAUUCAAGUGCAAGAAGGUGCAGCAAGAGCAGCUUGUGAGGAGGAGCCGCUGAAAAGAGACCAUCACCAUCACACACCUCAUACAAGCAUGACAGACGCAGCCGCCAAGGAGCUCGACGAACGCUGCUUCCUGUCGGCGCAGGCCAUGUCCAGCCUCAAGGUGGCCGACCACUUCCAGGUUCUGAAGUUCCUGGGAGAAGGUUCCUACGGCAAGGUCAUGCUGGCCGUGCACAGGAAGAGAGGAACCCCGAUGGCUCUGAAGUUCUUCCCUCGUCAGUCCACGACUCUCACAUCCUUCCUGAGGGAGUACAACUUGUCUCUUUCCUACUGCACACAUCCCUCGCUGACGCGCGCGCUGGGCAUCUUUUUUUCCACGUCAUCCCAUUACGUCUUCGCCCAGCAGGCCGGUCUCUACGGCGACCUGUAUAGCGUAAUAGUAUCAGAGGUUGGCCUGGAUGAAGAGCGUGUCCAGAGGGUGAUGUCCCAGCUUAGCGGUGCCGUGACCCACCUCCACACGCUGGGCUUCGUCCACCGGGACAUCAAACCGGAGAACAUCUUCUUGUGCGACAGCUCGUGCCGCUGGGUCAAAUUGGGUGACUUCGGCCUGACCCGGGCCAUCGGUUACACCGUCGGCGCCGUCUGGUACGAGUCGCCCUUCUGCACCCCCGAGGUAGAGCCCGUCAAGGAGGCAGACAAGGCGAAGGAGUGCGAUGAUCCGGAGGAGGAGAAGGAGACUCUUUGGAUAACGGUGGAGCCCUGCAUCGAUAGCUGGGCCCUUGGGAUCCUCACCUACUGCCUCUUGACUGGCUGCUUCCCCUGGGAGGAGAGCACCAGCGACGACCCCGGCUACACCAGAUACAAAGCCUGGUUUGAGCGUGAGGGGAGGAGCGGGAGAGGCGACCAGGAAGCAGACAGCUACACAAUCAUGAAGGAGAACCACCUGAACAACCCGCCUCCGUCACAGUUCCACGGCCUCAGCUCGCUUGUUAUGGCGCUUUUGCGACAGCUGCUCCACCCCGACCCGGAGCGGCGAGGGAACCCAGAGGAGAUCCUGAGCUACCUGGGAGGACCCUGGCUCAUGGAGACCGAGCAGGAGGAGAGGAGGAGGGCCGAGGAGGCCGAGAGGGAGGCCAGGAAACUCAGGGAGGCGGGAGGAGGAGUGGAAGAGGAGCUUGUGAGGGAAGGAAGAGGGGAGAGAUAAGCUAACAUAAAUGUAUUUUUUUAAAUUUGACCAGAUAGACUACUCACAAAAACUUGAGGAUGUUGGGCUUUGGGAAUGAAAUUUCUGGAAGAACCUUAAAUCUACUAUAAUCUCUACAGGUGACCUUAAAUUGAUCGUCUCUAAACAUUUGAAUGCACAUGUCACACUGCUCUAUGUUUCAGUACUUUUGGCACAACUUGCUGUUCUCUAACAAGGAGUAAAGGUAAAAGUGCAUUUUAGGUAUGUCUCGAAAUUUCCAAAUAUCCAUAACUUUUUCUGAGUAAAGUGGUGCCUUGAGAUACACAGUUCGUUCCGUGACCACAGUUAUCACACAAAACACAUUGAAAUGAAUGGAAAUGAAUACAUUCCAGCCUACCAAAACAACAACAAACAUUAUUGUAACGUGUUUUGGUUUUAAAAUUGCACGAAACAAAAACAUAUGACAAUGACGUAAUUAAAUUGAAUGUAAUGAAGGUAGAAGUUUUUUUUUUUUUUUUUGCUCCUCUUCAAUGGAUAUUGUGCUGCUUCUUCUGGUGUGCACGCCUUGGCUACCUGGGGGCAGACAUAUGAAUAUACAUGCUGGGACAGGUCACAACUAAGCUCAGUAAGCCACACUAAUACCAGUAGUUUUUCGCAGAGUAUAAAGAAUAUAUGCCUGUGAGUAUUGUUAUAUUUUCUGCCUACCUUCGUUGCUCUACAAUUUGAGUUCCAAAAUUUGCUGCUUAAAAGGUUAUAACUCCGUGACACUAACGCUAUUCGUUAGCCCGUUUGCAUUGUUUGUUAGCAUUAAGGUAAGUGGACUUUCCCAAGGCAAAGCUAUAUGGUUUACACAAUGUGUAAUUCUCUUAGUUUUAUGUUUAGUUUGACACUAAACUUCAACUGGGAGUGGCAAUAAACCGCUUGAAGCCCCCGUUUUGAAGACUCGUUUACUAUCUGCCAAACUGCUACUUGUUGUGACGUGAGUUGAGUUCACUGCCACCAUACUGCACUUGUAGCAAAAAAAAAUCCGAGUCUAAGCAAAACAUUGGCUGAACGACGGCACAUAUCUGGAAGGUUUGCUCACUCGCAUCUCAAGGUACCACUGUAGUGUAUAUUUCACAAUAUGAUAAAACACAUUGUGCAUGACUGAACACAAUAUCUAACGAGAUCCGAUACGAGAGCCUUUUCAACACAAAGACAAUAAUGCUCACUUUGAUAGAUGUUGUCAAAUUCAAGAAUAGUAUAUUGAGGGGUGUAGCAAAAUAUUAGAAACACCUACCAGUAUGCUGCAAUGGAGAAAAUAAUGUUACUUGAAAUAUGUUGAAAUCAUUAUAUUUGUAAUGGCAGAAUUGUACUGAAUCUCAUUAGAUUAUGCAGGUGUACUUAAUGUUGUGGCCCGGUGAGUGUAUAAAUGUUAUCCAAAUGCAACGAUAAGGUUUUGUGUUUUUCAUAGUUGUUUUAUAUAUAUAUGUAGAUAUCAUUGUCACUACUGCUGUUGUAUAGAUUCCAGUGUGUAAAUAUGUUUCAAUAAAAAAUUAUUAUGAUAAACAUUUACCAGAAUACCUGUAAAAUUUGAAUGAAGUCAAAUAAAACAUAAAUAAAAUUGCA